AUGGGAAAAAGAACAAGAUGUGCAAACAGUUAUAUAAAAACAAGCGGAGGAGUGUUUAUAGGAUGUAUAGAAAAUGAAAAAAAAAAUGGUUGGGGUAUAAAUAUUAAUAAUAAUGGAAAUAAAUAUGAGGGAUUAUUUGAAAAUGAUAAGAAAAAUUUAUUUGGUUCAGAAUUGUUGUGCUGUUUAUACAGUCAUAAUUAUAAAUAUAAAAGAAAAAGUGGAGAAGAAAAUAGUGAAGAAGAAUUUGAAAAAGGCAAUAUAUGUCUUUACGAAAAUAGAUAUAUAUAUAUAGGCAGUUAUAAAGAAGGAAAAAAACAUGGAAAUGGAAUUUUAAUUGAUUACAACUCCUAUGCUAUGUAUAGCUGCAUAUUUCUAAGAAAUGAGAUAAUAUAUAAAGAUAUUUUAUUUUCGUCAGUUCCUAAUUUCCCAUCACAGGAUGGCAAAUCGAACUCGCUUUCCCUUUUUUAUGAAAAAAAAGAAAAUGAAGAGAACAAUAUUUUUUCAAAUUUUAACGCAAACAUUAACGCUAACAUUAACGCUAACAUGAACGCGAACAUUAACGCGAAUAUUAACGCGAAUAUUAACGCGAAUAUUAACGCGAACAUGAACGCGAACAUGAACGCGAACAUGAACGCGAACAUGAACGCGAAUAUUAACGCACACCUUAACACAGACAGUAAUAAAAAUAGAGCAAAAAAAAAAAUUAUUAUGAACAGUUCAGGUGCGAAUGAAAAGAGUAAAAAAGAGAACGAUAUAUGUGUAUUUAUAGAGAAUCAGUAUAAAAGGAACAUUUUUAAUUAUGUCAGUUUUUAUAAACAUAUAAUGCAAAAAAUGAAAAGGGUAGGCUUCAAUGAAUUGUUUUCAUAUUCCAAGUUGAAAAAAGAGGUAUAUUUUGAAGAUUUAAAAGGAAAAAAAAAAAAAGAAAAAGAGAGAACAGAAAAGGAGAAAAAAGAAAAGAUAAAUAAAAAAAAAGAGAAUAAAGAAAAGGAGAAAAUAGAAAAGGAGAAAAAAAAAAAAAUUAUACGUGAUGAUGCUGUUCUUUUAAAAAAUUGGAAAGAUAAGGAAAAAGGCAGUUGUACAAAUAAGUUGCAGCUUAUGUAUAAUAAGUAUAAAAAUGGCAUGAACAUACAGGAAACACAUGAACAAGUAAUGGAGCAAAAAAAUGAUGAAGAAAAAAAGUCUUUUUAUAAAAAACAGGUUAAUGAGUUUUUUUUAAAUAAGGAGUUACAAAAUAAUUUUGAAAAUGUACAAGUGAAUAAAAGAAUGAUAGAAUAUAUAGGAAAAAUAAAAUCAACUGGUCCACUUUCUAAUGAGGAGAAAAAUGCUUAUAAUUUUCUUUCCAGUGGAGUAACAAACGAAAUUAUGAAAGAAAACGAAGAUACAUAUGAAAAUAAUAGCUUACCACUAGUUUGUAAUGGAGGUAAUACUAGAAGGGGUGGUAGUAAUAAUAAUAACUUGAAUAUGACUAAAUCUGUUGAACAUUUGAUUAAAAUUAAGGAGUAUGAGGAAAAAAGUACAUAUAAUAAUAUAAUUUCUUAUAAUAUGGGUAAAGAUAUAUCAAUAGCAUACUGGAAUAAUUUGUCAGAUGAUGAAAAGAAAGCAUGCGUCUUAGUUGAUGGUGAGGAAAAGGAGGAAUUGAACGGAAAAGAAAAAAAAAAAAAAAAAAUUAUUACCUUGGUUGAAACAAAUACAAAAGAAUUGCAUAGUUGUGUAAAAUAUAAAAUAAAAAAAAAUGAUAAAUUGAAAAACAGUUUUAUUAGUAAAGAAAAGAUAGCAACUCCUACUGUCCUAAGUAACACAGAAAAUGAAAAGGGCUGUGAUGAUAGUUCUUUGUCCUUUUGCAACUUUGAGUUUAUCUCAUCGAAAAAAAAUAAAAAUAAAAAAAUGGAAGGAGGAACAGAAAUGGAAGGAGGAACAGAAAUGGAAGGAGAAAUAAAAAUGGAAGGAGAAAUAAAAAUGGAAGGAGAAAUAAAAAUGGAAAUAGAAGGAGGUAGACUAGAUAAUAGUAUGUUACAGAAGAGUAAUAGUAAAAUAGAUUUCCCAGAAGAUGUGGAGAGUUGCACUAGUGUGAGACACUCCAGCAUUAAUAACAGUACCAGUGUUUUAAUUAAAAAAAAGAGAAAUUAUGCGAAUAAUUAUGCAUAUAAUGACACAACAAGGAAUAACACCAGUAGUGGAAUCAGCUGUGUGGGGAGCGAAGUGAACGGGUGUGUUGGUAGUGGUGGCUGUGAUGACGAUUAUAUUGACAAUGGUAGUGGCAGUUGCAACAGUAGUAGCAGUAGUAAUAACAGUUGUUUUGAUUAUAAUAUCGGAAUUAAUUGCCAAAAAAAAGGGCAUAUAAUCGAAAGGGAUAGUGGACAGGGGAAGAGCGGAAGCUUUGAUGAUGGAAAUGGCAGUUAUAAUAGUAGUUGGGGUAAAACUAGGAUGAAUAAUAGUUGUGUUGGUCAUGUGAAUGGGAAAUAUAGGGCUAAAUAUGGGAGGAAGAGUAGUAAAGGCGAAAGGAAUUAUGGGAAUGGAGGAGGAAGCAGUAGCAGCAGCGGUAGUAGUAACGACAAUAAUAAUAAUGAGAAUAAUAAGAGUUACAAUUACAGUUGUAAUCGUAGUUGCAGUUGCAGUUGCAGUUGCAGUGGUAGUCGUAGUUGUAGUCGUAGUUGCAGUUGCAGUCGUAGUCGUAGUCGUAGUUGUAGUCGUAGUUGCAGUUGCAGUCGUAGUCGAAGCAUCCGUGAUAGUAAUUCUUUUUUGAAUAUGAAGAGCGAUGAAGGAGUGCGCAAAGAAAUAGAGGGUUUACUGCCUAAAUAUUUGAGGAGGGAAAAAAGACAGAAAUGCCUUUCCCGUGCUCAGAAUUGUGUAUACUGGAACGUAUUUGAGUUAAGCUACUUCCUGUUCCUCAUAAGUAUACCAAAGAAAAUAAUAGAAAUCUUUAUAAUAAAUCAAAUAGAUGGGUAUUGCUUAAAAUACUUAGAAAAUAAGGUAUUAAAAAAAAUGGGUAUAUAUGAUAAAAUAAUUAAAAAGUAUAUACUAUUGUCUAUUCAAUAUUUGCUAAGAUUAAGAGAAAAAUAUAAAUAUAAAAAGAAAAGUAAAGGAUUAAAUGUAAUAAUUGAUAAAAAUUUUACAUUAAAUAAAAAAAAAGUACAGUUUAUAAAAUUAAUUGGAAGAGGAGGAUAUAGUAAUGUGUACAGAUGUAUAUAUGGUGAUAAGCUGUUAACAUAUAAUGAUUAUUUUUAUAUAAAAUAUUCAAUUAAUAAUAUAGCUUUAAAAAUUUGUAUAGAUAAAAAAUAUAGUUAUGAAUUUUUUUCAGAAUUGCAAAUUUUAUCAUCUUUAAGACACCCAAAUGUUUCUUUAUUUUUAGGUGGUUUAAAAAGUCCACAAGGAAUUGCAUUAGAAUAUAUAAGAUGUGGUAGUUUAUUUGAUAUAAUGCAUAAACAUAAAGUGAAAAUAAAAAUUUAUGAUAUUAUAAAAAUGUGUAAAGACAUAACUUCAUUUAUGUGUUUUUUGCACUAUAAAGGUAUUUUACAUUGUGAUUUGAAAUCAUCGAAUAUUUUACUUUCUGUAUCGGGAGAAAUAAAAAUUUGUGAUUUUGGCCUGUCUGUUCAGAAUUUUUAUCAAAAACCAAAAUUUUUAGGAAUUGUUGGUACAUAUCAGUGGACAGCUCCCGAGAUAUUAAGAGGAGAGGGAUAUACACAAGAAGCAGAUAUAUAUUCAUUUGGUGUAAUUCUAUGGGAGUUGUUACAUUGUAGAAUUCCUUUUAAUGAUUUAAAACAUCCUUUAGAUAUUAUUGCACAUGUUGGUUAUGCUAAUAAACAGCUAGCUAUUAACAGAAACUUACCAAAAAAUAUUAGAUAUAUACUAAACAGAUGCCUACACAGAAAUAAACGUAAAAGAAAAUCUUUUUUUUUUUGGUCCGAGUACUUUGACCUGCUGCACAAAAUGUACUCGGUUGAUGUAGAGGAGCGUCUGAACUUUUUCUUUGCCUAG